AUGUCAAUUAUUUUAGGUUUAACACGAGUAACAAAAUUACUUAGCUUUAUUGGUAAUCCUGAAACACAUCUACAAGUUAUUCAUAUUGCUGGAACCAAUGGUAAAGGAUCCGUUUGCUCAUACAUAUCAUCUGUUCUACAGCAGAUUCCAAACGCCAAAAUUGGUAAAUUCACUACUCCUCAUCUAAUACACGUUACAGAUUCCAUAUCUGUAAACGAAAUUCCGAUUUCUGAUGGAACCUACAGAAGGCUUCGUAAAGAAGUAGAAAACAUCAAUAAGUUAAAUAGCUUGGAAUGUACAGAGUUCGAGAUUAUGACUUGUACAGCUCUAAAAUAUUUCCAUAAUAUCAAAUGUAAAUGGUGUGUUAUUGAAGUAGGCUUAGGAGGUAGACUUGAUGCUACUAAUGUUAUUCCAGGUGUAAAUAAAAAGGCUUGUGGGAUAACAAAAAUUGGUCUAGACCAUGAAUCUUUUCUUGGAAAUACCCUUCAGCAAAUUGCAUCAGAAAAGGCAGGUAUUAUCACAAAGGGAGUUAAAUUUGUGGCUAUAGAUGGUACAAAUGCUAAAGAAGUAUUAAAAGUAGUAGAAGAUAGAUGUAAAGAAAUUAAAGAUUGCGUAUUGCAAAUCACUGAAGCUAAUGGGUCAAAUUGGAUUGCUGAGACACAAUCAUGGGGGACGGUAAAUCUAUCCCAUUUACCAUUAAAUGGCCAAUAUCAAAUAUUCAACUCAAGAGUAGCAGUCUCUAUUCUUGAUAAUCUCCAACAACGAUCAUUGUUGAAGAUAUCUAUCGAUCAACUGUUAUCUGGUUUCUCAAAAGUGGAAUGGCCAGGAAGAUUACAAGAAUUUAUUUAUAAACACGACCUUGAAGAAGAUAGUGUUUCUUUCUUAAUGGAUGGUGCACAUAAUGGGAGCGCAGCAAUUGAAUUGUCUAAUUUUCUAAAAACAAAAUAUGGCCCUUCUCAACCACUUACUUUUGUUUUAGCUGUUACUAAUGGCAAAACUUUGCAACCCCUGCUAGAUCCAUUAUUAUCAGCAAAAGAUAACGUCGUUGUCACAGAAUUUGAAUCCGUUGAUGGUAUGCCAUGGAUAAAGGCUAUGGAUUCUACAGAAUUGAAAUCUAAGAUUCAAGAAUAUACUAGCUCUAUUUAUAUUGACGUAUCAGUUCCAGAAGCUUUGAAGCAUGCCUCAGAAAUUUCUAAAUUGAAAAAUACUCCAAUUGUUGUAUGCGGAUCUCUUUAUUUAUGUGGCCAAAUUUUACGUUUACAAAAUAACCAAACAGCAAAAAGUAACUUCUAA